AUGUCUGCUUGGGUCCAACAGAAUCUCGUAAAGAUUAUGCAUACCGUUUCUCUUCAUGCAUCAUUCAAGAGAUUGAAGGAGUAUUGUGACAAAAUCAUCAGUGAAGAACCUCAUAUGAUUUUCAAAACUGGUGAUUUUUUGUCCCUAGAGGAAUCAAGACUUGUGUCUUUACUAAAACUCGAGAAUAUAGCAAUGGACGAAAUUGAAAUUUGGGAUUCAAUCAUCAAAUGGGGUAUUAUAAAUACUUCGACUUUAGGCCAACAACAUAUUUCAAAAUGGACGCUUCAAAAUUUUACAGCUCUAGAAAAGACUCUUCAUCAUUGUAUUCCAUUGAUCCGAUAUAGCGACAUCUCCAGCGAUGAUUUUUUUGAAAAACUCCACGACCUGUUCAAAUUCUACCUCCUCGAUCAGGCUCCAUGA